AUGGAGGGCGAAAAGAAGAGGCUCGAUAGUCCGUCUCUAUAUACUAUUGGAUGGAUCGUGGCCCUGGCCAUUGAGCAAGCAGCAGCAAGGGCACUACUGGACGAGGAACACUCUGAACCAAACAACUUUCACCCAUCUCUUUCGGACACAAAUAAUUAUAUCUGGGGUAGUGUAGGACAACACAACAUCGUCAUUGCGUCUCUACCAGCAGGAGUCUAUGGAACCACCUCCGCUGCUACCACGGCCUCGGACCUUGUGCAUUCUUUGCCGCAAAUCCGGUUUGGUCUCUUGGUCGGUAUUGGUGGAGGUAUAGCCAGACCUAACGACGAUCAGGACAUUAGACUUGGUGAUGUUGUUGUUGGUCAGCCGCAUGGUGUUACUGGAGGCGUCGUGCAAUAUGAUUUUGGCAAGGCGAAAGCGAAUGGGGUUUGGGAACGGACAGGCUCGAUUGACAAGCCACCUGCAGUUCUAUUGAAAGCCCUGGCCAACUUGCAGGCCGAGCAUGAGAUACGACCUUCCAAAAUACCGCGAAUCCUCACGGCUAUGCUGAAAGCUAACCCUGGCAUGAAACGACCCGGCAGUAACUUCACCUACCAGGGUUCAGAGAAUGACCGUCUUUUCCCAUCAGACUAUGAACACUUUGAUGGGAAGACAUGUACGAAGUGCGAUGUGUCUCGCAGAAUCGAUCGUGAGGAACGGGUAACCACAGAGCCGGUGAUCCAUUAUGGAGUUAUUGCUUCGGGCAACACUCUUAUAAAAGACGCUAGGUUAAGAGAUGGCCUCGCAGAGAGCAUAGGCCAUCAAUGUCUGUGUGUCGAGAUGGAAGCGGUAGGAUUGGUUGAUAAGUUCCCAUGCCUUGUCAUUCGAGGUAUUUGCGAUUAUGCCGACAGCCAUAAGAACGAUCAGUGGCAGAGAUACGCAGCCUCUACUGCUGCAGCAUUUGCUGUAGAGCUUCUGGGCUUUGUUCCUGCGCGGCAACUCAAAGAGUCUCCACGGGUUCUUGAGAUACUCGAGUCACUGGAAGGCAAGAUGGACUCCAUGAACUAUCAAAUGCAACAGACUGGUCUCACUUCGACCCUUGACCAACUACCCUUUGUAGCUGAAGCUCUAUUUAACUCUUACGCCGAGGAACACAGCCCGGUGUGCCUACCAGAGACGCGAGUAGAGCUUCUCGCUCAGAUAGACAAAUGGGCUGAGCGUUCCGAGUCAAAGACCAUCUUCUGGCUGAAUGGUAUGGCGGGCACAGGGAAGUCAACUAUAUCACGUACUAUUGCACAGCGACAGUUGGAGAGAGGCUGUCUUGGUGCAAACUUCUUCUUCAAAAGAGGAGAGGGAGCCCGUGGGAAUAUGUCGAAGCUUAUUCCUACUCUGGCACGCCAAAUAGCAACGCACAUCCCUGGUAUGACCAGUUUCAUCAAAAAGGCCAUCGAUGCCGAUCCGACGCUCCCAACGAAAACUCUCGGGGAGCAGUUUGAGAAGCUUUUCAAAGAGCCUCUUAAAAGAUGGGCAGCCUGUUUAUCAGAUCCAACCUCCCUUGUGAUUGUCAUAGAUGCUCUUGAUGAGUGUGAAGACUCAUUCCAAAUCAGACGCAUAAUUUCGCUUUUUUCUGAACUGGAAUGCCCGGACUCGCUGAAACUCAGAGUCUUCAUUACGAGCAGGCCGGAACUCCCGAUUCAAUUUGGAUUUCUGGAUAUCAACGGCUUGUACGAGAGUCUUGAGCUCCACAGCAUUUCACAAGACAUCAUGGAGCACGACAUAUCUAUCUUUCUCUACCAUGAGCUGGGCAUCAUUCGACAGAACUUUAAUUAUGUGGUUCGCAGCGACCAACGGCUAGCUGAGAAGUGGCCGGGCACAGUCAAGAUCAGACAGCUUGUUUCCAUUACACAACCUCUGUUCAUCGCUGCGGCAACUGUUUGUCGGUUCCUGAACGAUGCUACUCUUGGCAGCCCGGAUGAGCUUCUAGUUGUCAAUAGACCGAGGAGAGAGCGAGAAGAUAUUCUCGAAAGCUUUCAAUCAAUCGUUGGCGCCAUUGUCACAUUAGCAACGCCGUUGACAGUCAAUGCUCUAUCAUUAUUGCUUAACAUCCCCGCCACGGCGAUUGAUAUGAAGAUCAAGGUUCUUCAGUCUGUUUUGGAAGUACCUAAAACCUCAGAAGUUCCCGUCAGGAUCCUGCAUCUAUCAUUCAGGGAUUAUCUCGUUGAUCCUGAUCUAAGAGGCGCUACGGACUUCUGGGUGGACCAAGAGGCCACGCACAGGAGACUCUCAAGUCGAUGCCUCUUCCUCAUGAGUGCGAUGCUUCGUGAAAAUAUCUGCAGACUACCAUUCCCGGGAACAUCUCCAUCUGAGGUUCAAGGUCUGGACCUGCACAAGUUCAUACCUCCUGAGCUUCACUACGCUUGUCAUUACUGGGUCCACCACUAUGUAUCUUCCCACAAUGGAGACUGCGAGGUCCAUGAAAUCUAUACUUUUUUGGAAACGCACCUGCUGCAUUGGGUGGAAGCCAUGAGUGUCCUUGGUCAUGUCACUGACUGCCUAACCAUGUUGCAUGCAUUAGAUGCAUGGCUAGAGAAAUACUCCUGUGACAAUGUUUCGGACCUUAUUAAAGAUUCUUUGAGAUUCAUUCGAACUCAUAUUUCCGUCAUUGAUGAAGCCCCGCUACAAGUCUACUCGUCAGCAAUAGUGUUCUCACCAACAAAUAGUAUGGUGAGACGCCUUUUUGCAAGUCGAGUCCCUAAAUGGCUUCCCGCCUGGCCAGCAGCGGAGGAUGAAUGGGGGCCAUGCUCUUUGGUAAUAGGUCACAGUGCUACAGUCAAGUCAGCUAUCUUUUCGCCUGAUUCAAAAACCAUUGCAUCGAUAUAUGCGGAUAACACAAUCCGAAUUCUUUCAACGAAGACCGGUAAAUGCGAGCAUGUUUUAGCAGGGCACUCUGGCGAAAUCCAGUCAAUCGUCUUCUCACAGGAUUCUGAGAUCCUUGCCUCGAGCUCAACUGGUGGUACAGUACGGAUAUGGAAUCUGCAGACGGGAGACUGUGACGAAGUCCUGAAGUAUCCAUCACCUACGGGAAAGGCCUUUGCCUUCUCUCGAGACUCGAAGGUCUUGCUCACAGCCAGUGGAAACCAAUUCGUAAGAAUCUGGAAGACACAAACUUGGGACCAUGUCAUUCUGAGUGGACAUGCAGGAGCGGUAAACUCAGCUGUCAUUUCACAUGACUCGAAGAUGUUAGCCACCGCCUCGGAUGAUACAACAGUAAGAUUAUGGAACACAGAAACUGGCAGAUGCGAGAAGAUAUUGAAGGGCCAUACAGGCAAAGUCAAUAUAGCGGCCAUCUCGCCCGACAAUCAAAUGCUUGUCUCUGCUUCUGUCGACCAAACCUUACAGAUCUGGGAUCUAAACGCGAUUAAAUGCAAAAAGGUGUUCAGGGGCCAUGACUGUGAUGUCCUGUUAGCGGUGUUCUCUCCCGACUCACGCAUGAUAGCUUCCGGAGAUGCAGAGGGCCGCAUAGGGAUCUGGAAUGCUCUCAACGGAGCAUUUAUGCACGAACUAAAAACCCCCUCGUGCGAAGGCAAAUUCGAGUCGCUGAUGUUUUCAGAAGACGGAACAAAGCUGAUUGCCGUCCUCAGCACACGAACCGCUCUGAUACAUGAUAUCAAGAGCGGGAACUGCGAACAGGCCUUUGACUUCUCAUCCUCAAGUUCGAAUUGGUCAGUUGAGCUUUCUCAUGACUUGGCAAUGAUUCUUACAGCUUCUUCGGAUGACAAUACUGUCCGAAUAUGGGACCCUCACACCCAAAGAAAAGGCCUAAAAAGCGCCGAAAGCUGGAACAUCAUAAUUUUCGAAGUUAAAACAGCACCAAAUAAGAGAGCAAUGGUAUUACGUACGCUGAGCGGCUAUGAAGUUUGGUCACUUCGCCAAAAUAAAUUCGAAUGCCUGCUGGCAAGCGACAAUCUGCUGUUAGGCAGAGACUUCAUCCAGUUCUCGCCUGAUCUAGCCACGGUGAUUGUUGCUAAUGAAAGGUCUAUUACGAUAUGCAAUGUGGAGCCGGGGAACUACAACUGUUCCUUCGACAUCAGUAGCGUAGUUAUGUUAUGCCUUUAUUCGGAGGAUUGUAAGACCCUGGUAACAUACCACAGAGAUCGCACCUUCUGUUGUUGGCAUUUGGAACACCAUAACUAUAAACGCCUUUCAGAUAUUCGCUAUAUUGACACUAAUCGAGGCUCCCUCGAUCCGACAAGAAGUGGAGACGUUAUCCUUCAUGGCAGCGUUAUUCAUGUGGUCAGACACCCUCGUCAGAAAAUUUUUUUAUUGGCUACCCGGCCGGCUCUAAGACAAGAUCAUACAUGGAUCACGAUCGGGAACGAGAAGUUCUUCAAGCUCUCUCCAGAAUGUCUCAACGCCGAAGUAAGCAUAUGGGAAGGGAUAGUUGUUGUGGACUGUAUUUCUGGAAAACGUAUUAUUUUGAGCUUUGAUGUUGGUGAGGCUGGGCUACCAUCACCUUGGAAGGGAACGGAGAAGGUUCAGGAUGAUUUCGACCUCUAUAAAAUCCUUAUGGAAGAGGGAAGGGAUUUAGAGCAUUUUGACUUUUACUAG